GAGAUGACGUCAGGACCUUAGAGCCAUAAAUUGUUUUCCUGGAUUCAUUUGAUUAUAAUUACAAGGAACUUGAACAUUAACGGAAUAAUAUCUGACGAUUCUAUCGGCUACUUAAAGACACUUGCCUAUAUUUUACACGUGAUAAUUGAAGGCACAGUUAUGACGUUAUAGUGGAUACAAGUUAAUUAAGACAGGAUUAUAAGGAGGAAUAAAAGAUGCCAACAUAGACUCUACACAAAGCUUAAAUGGAUACCAUGUGUAAAUUGUGUGCAUGGUGUAAAAAGGCGUUUAACAAUCUACCGGACUACAUUUUGAUCAUUACUUGUUUGAUAUAUCUAUGUUCAGGAGUAAGUUCUCAGUUCAGUUUAGAUCUCCAAAGCAGAAUACAGAGCGCCAGAAAUAACAGUUGUGCAAAUUGUAAAAGAAUUCUUGAUAUUAGUAUAGCUGAGAAAAGACGACUAGACAUUUUGCUGAAGCGAAUAAAAGACAGGUUAGGAAUAGAACCAAACAGAAAAGUAGCACAAGAAACAAAUGCCAAACCGAGGGAUUCACAAUAUAUUCAACAGAAAUACACCUACCCAGAAACUUCAGAAAUUGUUAGUUUUCCAGAAAAACAAGAUAAUACAACUGGGAAAAAUAUUCUACUAUUUACAAUAGACGUGAGGAAUAACCCAGGUCCUCUGGAGGCUAUCAAAGCACACCUCUGGAUAUUAGUCAAACAACGAAAACAAGGUCGGACCAGAGGCAAGAAAAUAUGGCUACGUGUGUCUCAAAUUCACGAUACAAACAAUACAAAUCAAUAUCUAACUAGUAUACGAACUCGAGUGAAAAAGACACGUUGGCAAAAAAUAGCACUGCCGGUUACUCUCAUACAAUCAAUGAUAGACAACCAUGAACACGUACUGAAAUUAAAAGUAUCUUGUAAGAAAUGUGGCAAAAUGGUCAAACUCGUCCUACAACGAAAACGACAUCGAAAACGACGGCAUAAAGGGAAGAACAAAACCCCAAAAAAGAGAACUACUAGUAGGAGAAGGAACAGAAGACUGAAAAACAAUGACAAUGUCCAACCGUUCCUCGUAAUAAGUACUCGAUAUAAAUAUAAACUUAAAUUAAUGUAGUUAAUGUGAAUAUAUGUAUUUGUGUCUCUUUGUACGUUCGAUAAAAACCAAAUCCUUUCAACUAGAGUCUCCGAUCAGAUGUAAAUGCUCAUCCUGUCACGUGAUUGUAAAACAGUUGUGUAUGUAAAUAUCUUCAUAUAAUCAUUCAAAUAUUUUGGAAAAUUACAAAAACGUAAACAGCGAGAAUUCUCGAAGAAAUAUCCAUCCAAUCAAUGAAGUCGCAAUGACGUCAUUCAGCCGAGUCCGUUUUAUAGGAGUAACUACAUGUAUUUUAUAAGCGUAACUGUAAUGACGCCAAAAACUCAACAUGAGGUAAAAAUCAUAAAAGGAGAAACAAUUGUUCCGUUCAUUUAACGGCAUUUAUUUAUUUAAUAUAUUGCCGGUUUUAUAAAUUCACAUUAUUUAGAAUUCUAAUAUAGCGUGUAACAGUAGUUUUAUUUUUAGAUAAAAGUUAUUAGAAAUGAUAGGUUAUAAUGUUAUGCUGCUAUUUUUAUGUCGCAUGGAAAUGAGUUGUAUUUUUAUCCUCAAAGGAAAUGAAAGUAUUCUUUAAUGAAUUUUUGAUAUGAUUAUUUGACGGUGUAAUGUUGUGAUUAAGAACACGUUAUAGUCUCAGCUGAUAUAACAUGUCAAGCUGAUUCAAAAUGAUUUAAUUAAACUGAUUAUAUCCAUCGGAAAUCUAUGAUGACUUUUAUUCAAAUUUAUUAACAUAUAACAUAUCAUUACACUUUCAGAUAUGUUGUAAACGUCUUGUUUAGAAUUUAUAAUUUAAAAGAUAAGAAAUGUAAAUUCAAUGACAGCUCACUUGUUAAAAAGAAAAGUUUAUAGAAAUGGGUUACUAGCAUUAAAGUUUAUGGUAUUCACAUCAACCUAGCCCUAAUGUUUAUGGUAUCCAGAUCCGCUCAACCCCAAAGCCCCAUAAACUAGUAUGUUUCUUGUUGUAAUAAUAAAAAACCAUAGAGACUUCUACUGUACAUUAAAUGUCUCUUUAUAAAGUUAUUAUGACAAUCUUAGUAUUAACACAAAGUAACCAAGAGGAAGAAGACAUCACAAUGACAAUCAAAAAUCAGAUGUCGAAGAAAAACCGAAAGUAUCAUGCCGAAAUCGAAAAACAAAUAAAAACAAUAUACAAAUCAUUACAUGGCGAACUCAAGACUGGGAAACUCCAACCCCACUAAAAAAAACCGGGGUGAUCUCAGGUGUUCCGAAAGUGUAAGUAGAACUGUCUUCACGGUUCAUUGCUCAUUGCAACUACACAUUGGUAAUAAGUAUCGUUAUGUGAUGUCACAGUCCGGGGGAGAGGACGGCAUUGUGGCUACGGCAAUCCGUGUACAUCUUUGCAUAAGAUACUCAAAAGUGGUCAACCAAACCAUGAUGGCGUCCGUAAAAGUUUCGAAGGGAUGACUUGAACUUUACCACUAGGAAUGCUUGGUUCAAUAUCUUCCUUGUUAGCGAAACCACCCACAAAGGAAAUUGUGACACAAGCUUUGGAAUAUCGUAUUGAUUGAAAGACAUAUACUCCAUAUGCAGGCGCUACUGGAAAGUUGUUAAAUAGAAAUGGAAAGUUUACAAUAGGAAAACUGAAAUCAUGUAUUUUGUUCUCAACUGACCUUCACUGUCAACAGAUUGAACUGUAUCUGUGGUAUCCUUUAUUUCUAGUUCGAUGAAAUAGAUUCGCAUAACACGGUCAUCAAAGCUUUGAAUUAUAUAUAGUGAGAGGACAUCUAAACGUCGAAUGAAUUAUAUAUAGUGACAGGACAUCUAAACGUCGAAUCGGGAAAGCAACAAAUGACUGAUAUAUUUACUAGUUUUAUGAAUUUUCAGUCUGAUAAAAUAUCUGAUAUUAUAAUGAUUGAUGUGAUUUCGAUUUUAUUCAUUGGCAGUCAAUUGUUUCUGUAAAUGAAUUUCGGGAAUAUGUGUUCAAAUGAAGAUAAAACUUCAUGUUUUGGUAAUACGGGUUCCCAUAGCGUUUUCAUUGUUUGUUAAAGUUAUUUGUGGUGUGUUUAAAUCGUCAUAUCUUCAUAUAAUUAUCAUGUUCAUAUUAUUAUUCAUGUAAAUUGCACUUCAUAUUUUAUGUUUUAUGUUGCUUCGUGAUAAUAUCUUUCCUCAUAACAGGGAAAGUAACAUUCAGUUAAUUUUGAAUCGAUCUUGGAAAUAAAGAUAGUAGUCACUACAUACUUGCUAAAAAUGCUUAAAAAGCUUUCUAAUUUCAUUCGAUUAGUUCCUCCGGAACAGCGCAUUGGGGUAUCAACUAUUAUUAUAAAAAAUCUUAUUUCGACGGCAAAAAGUUUCAUUUAUAUUGAAACACUUUUUUUAAUUUUUAAUUCAGUUUACCCAGUUUCGAUCAAACUGAGAUAAAUGACAAGUUUUUGAGUAUGUAUUUUUGUGGUACCUUACAAAACGAUGCAAUUUGUAAAUGCUGUACCAGUAACAGAACGAUGCAAUGUUCAUAUCGCAAUUUUCCAAGGUUUUUAAUAUUUUGUUAUUAUUGAAUAUUUUGUCUUCAUUGUUCAAUAGAUCACACAGAAACUCCUGAUUAUUUAUUUGUAUCCACUCAGCGUUACAUUAUGACAUUCAUGUUCAUUAAACCAUGUUAAUUAACUAUCAGACCAUUAACCAUCCAACUAACUUCUUAUAAUCCAGGUUUUGGACAUAAACUAACCUAAGAAAUAGAAAGGAAUACUUCGUCGUGAAGAUUACAUAUCAUCUUUGAACCUUUAAAAACGAGAAUGUCAAUGAAUGAAAAGUUAAAAUGACAUAAUUUCUAUAAUUUAUGUUGUAAUACCGCUACAUUUUUUUUCACACAGAGUGUAAAACUAACAUAGUUUGAUCCUGGUAUAAAAAUUAGAACAAACAUUUUACUUCAGUAAACGUCUCACUUAAGUUGUGUUUUUAAGGAAAUGUAAAGAAAAAUAAUAAGAUUAUGUGUACUGGAUAUCGGUCAUUAUAAAGUUUUCGAUGGAUAGAUAGACGUAAACAUCUGAACACGACACAACAAGCUGAUAUAAGUAGCUCAUAUAUAUAUGUUGGUGAAACUCACCAGGCUUAUACAAUAUCAACCUACAAACGUUAAUGUAUGUCAUGGUUUAUUUAUGUGGAAACUUUAAAAAUAUUCACCAAGGAAAUGUGCAAAUUAAUUAAUUGUAUAUUUUUUGUAUUGGAUAUUUAGAAAUAUUGGAUCAUGUAAUCGUUAUUUAAUAAGUAUUAGAUGUAGGCUUCUCAUUUCUGAGGGGCGUCAGUCCCGAACAUAUGAAACGCUUACACCUGAUUUACAUAAAAGUAAUAAAUAAAUCUUUUAUAUUUUCUCUUGUUGUAAAAAAGAGCAACUAGUUUUGAUAAAACAGAUAAGUGUCAUUAUCCCAAAAUUUCCAGAUUCAGUAACACUUUCAGAAGAUGUUUUGUAGUUAUGCAUUUGGAAAGAAUGAAAUCUUAAUUGCGUCUAUUUUUCUGUCAUCAAACUGAUACCUUAUAAAUGCUUUUGUAUGGCAAUAUGAAUCGCUGUACUAUCUUGUCUUUUUCUGGUUUAAUUGCCAAAAUCUGAACUUUUCCCUGAUAAACGUCAUAUUACUUCUAUGUGAAUGUAAUUAUUUGGUUAACUGAACCUAAUUCAGGACAAGGAUAGACGCUUACAAUGUUAUACAAAUGUGUGCUUUGUCAGUUGAAGAAAUAGAACAUUAGAAGUGUUUGAAAAAUUUAACAGGAACAAAGCAUAAAUAUCAUAAAAAAUUAUCAUGUUGAAACAAUUCUUGGAUACAAUAUCAGGGUUCACAUAGAUGUUUGCAAUUUUUAGCAAGAACCAGAUGAAUAUGUGCUCAAACAUUCCCAUUGCAAAAUCACUAGAUGUAUCUUUUAUUUUGUCUGAUGAUGAUUCACUAUUAUGAAAUGAUUGUAAUUUAUACUUAUGUAAUGUUAUUCAAUUUUUCUACAUUUCUUUCUUUGCCAUUGUGAAUAAAACAAUCAUAGGAAAGUG